AUGCAUUGGUUCGGCUGGACAACAGAUGCAAAGCAGAUGUCUGCUAAAAUGAAAGAACGAUGGAACCACCCUGCUGGAUUAAAAACAAUACAUUUCUGGGCUCCAGGAUUUAAAUGGGCACUCGUUAUCGCUGGACUAUCUGACUAUUUUAGGCCCCCAGAUAAACUAAGUCUUAACCAAUCAGUUUCAUUAAUGGCUACAGGAUUUAUAUGGUCGAGAUAUUCAUUGGUUAUUAUUCCUAAGAACUGGCUUCUUUUUUCUGUAAAUGUCGGGCUCGGAAUUACUGGUACAUCACAAGUUUACAGAGUUGUAAAAUACAGACAAAGCUUAAAAGAACAAGAUGAAUCAGUAAAGGAAGAGUAA